AGGAACAAACAGCAGCUUCUAAAUUGUAAGCAACAGUCGGCCAUUCGGGGAGCAGGAGAUAAGACUAUCCCAGGAGUGAGGGAAGAGCCAUCCCAGGCGUGAGGGCAAGACAAAACUUCCUUCAUCUGCCCAGGCACUCAGAAUAGAAAAGUAAAGAGAGUAAAAAACAGCUAUCCAGAGAAAGAAAGAAAAUCAAUUGGCCACUUAGGGGUCACAAAGUGGCUUGAUUAAGGGACAGAGCGGGGGAGACAGAAACAAUUUUAAGGAAAAUCUAGGCAGACUCUAGUAAAAAGGAGAGGGCCAACAGCUGAAGACAGACUCACAGCUGAGAGAGUAAGCCAAAGUUGGAAAAAAGGCCAAAAAGGGGUGGGCACAACCACCGAGGGGAUGAACUUCGCAGUGGGUUUCAAGCCGCUGCUGGGGGAUGCACACAGCAUGGAUAACCUGGAGAAGCAACUCAUCUGCCCCAUCUGCCUGGAGAUGUUCUCCAAGCCAGUGGUGAUCCUACCUUGCCAGCACAACCUAUGCCGCAAGUGUGCCAAUGAUGUCUUCCAGGCCUCAAAUCCUCUGUGGCAAUCCCGGGGUUCUACCACAGUGUCCUCUGGGGGACGGUUCCGCUGCCCAUCCUGUAGGCAUGAGGUUGUUCUGGAUAGACAUGGUGUCUAUGGACUGCAGCGCAACCUACUGGUGGAGAAUAUCAUUGACAUUUACAAGCAGGAGUCUUCACGGCCCCUGCAUUCUAAGGCAGAGCAGCACCUAAUGUGUGAGGAGCAUGAGGAGGAAAAGAUUAACAUCUAUUGCCUAAGCUGUGAGGUGCCCACCUGCUCCCUCUGCAAGGUGUUUGGUGCUCACAAGGACUGUGAGGUGGCACCACUGCCCAAUAUCUACAAACGUCAGAAGAGUGAGCUGAGCGAUGGUAUUGCCAUGCUGGUGGCUGGAAAUGACCGGGUCCAGGCAGUCAUUACUCAGAUGGAAGAAGUGUGCCAGACUAUUGAAGACAACAGCCGCAGGCAGAAGCAACUACUGGGACAGAGGUUUGAGACAUUGUGUGCUGUGCUGGAAGAGAGGAAAGCAGAACUGCUUCAGGCCCUUGCUCGGGAGCAGGAGCAGAAGCUUCAGCGGGUUCGAGGGCUCAUCCGUCAAUAUGGAGACCACUUGGAAGCCUCAUCCAAGCUUGUGGAGUCUGCCAUUCAGUCCAUGGAAGAGCCACAGAUGGCUCUCUACCUCCAGCAGGCCAAGGAGCUGAUUAAAAAGGUUGGGGACAUGGCAAAGGUGGAGUUGGCUGGGCGGCCAGAACCAGGCUAUGAAAGCAUGGAACAGUUCUCAGUGAGCGUGGAACAUGUGGCUGAGAUGCUCCGGACAAUUGACUUCCAGACUGGGGGUUCUGGGGAAGAAGAAGAAGAGGAAUUGGUGCUGGAAGGAGAGGAUGGGAGUGCUGGAGCUGAGGAAGAGAGACUGGAAGCUUCAGAGGGUCUGCACUGACUCUGCCUUAAGAAAAUCCCCAAGAUCCCUGCAGGCAUAUAAGAAUAACUCAGAAGACACUGGGAGAGAACGAGUCUCCGCUGCCCUGAGGCUCAAUAAAGGAUGUGAUUGCCUUCUG